AUGACAAAGUAUUCCACGCGAGUUCCAGCCUGCAUCCUCCUGGCUGGGGGAGUUAUGGUAUGGGUCAUGCUUCACUUGUCUUCCAUGGAGACGCCGGAUUUUCCCUUUAUAUACGUCAUCACCCCAACUCAUAAGAGGCCAACGCAAAAAGCCGACUUGACGCGAAUGGGCAACACCUUGCGCCAGGUCCCGAACCUUCACUGGAUCGUGGUAGAGGACGCUGGCGUUCGGUCGCCCCUCGUUGCCAAAUUAUUAUUAAAUUCGGGAAUACCGCACACCCAUCUGAACAUCCUCAAACCUGAUUAUUGCAAGUCGGGUUGCGUAGCCAGAGGUAGUGAACAGAGAAACCUUGGCUUGGACUGGCUUCGGCAGCACCGGGGACCACUUGACUCUGGUGUGGUGUACUUCGGAGAUGAUGACAACACGUACGACCUGGAGCUUUUCGAGGAGAUGCGUUCCACCAAGUGGGUCUCGGUGUGGCCAGUGGGGCUGAUAGCCGGCCGUUGGUACGAGCGGCCAGUGGUCCACAAUGGGAAAGUGGUGGGCUGGUUCACAGGCUUUCCUGGAAGGAGAUUUGGCACAGACAUGGCAGGCUUUGCAGUCAAUCUGAACCUGAUCCUCGCCAAUCCCAACGCUCGCUUCGUCCUGCAGGGGGCCAAGAGUGGCAUGCAGGAGAACAACUUCCUGAACAAGCUCACCAAGCUGGAGGACCUAGAGCCCAAAGCAAACAACUGCACGAAGGUUUUGGUUUGGCAUACACGCACAGAGAAAGCACCACUGAACAAACAUGUCAAAGAUAAUGUGGACAUUGAGGUCUGA